AUGUCCAGUUUGCACAAGGUUUACUGCCCAGUUGGCUGCAUGAUUGUAGUAGUUGGUUGUCCACAUCUUCUAACUAUGUUUUUUUGUUGUAUUUCCUUCCGCGGGGCAAAAAUGGUUAUAAUAGGAGGAGAUGCGGGUGGCAAUGAAGGAGAUCGUUCUGGAAGUCAACCUCUUCGCCGGAACUCGAAGCGUCCUGCUAAUCGCCAGCCACGACUUGCGCAGAGUGUUGAGCAGGGAGAGGAUGUUGAGGAUGCUGAUCAGUUCCGUGUUGUAAAGCGGACUAGACGUGCAGCACUUGGCAAGGGAGCUGAGUCAUCUUCUAGGGCAGCAGUUGCUGGAGAAGCUGUCGCAUCUUCCGCAGCAGAUGCUGAGGGCAGCGGCGAAGGAGUUGAGGUGGCUCCAGGGGAAGAUGUGGAGCGACCAUCACAAGCAGGCAGGAUAAGGGCAUCACCAGCGCGCUUUGCAAAUUUCAACGCCUCUCUAACUCCACUACAGAAAUCAGAGCUAGUUUCGAGGUCGGUCGGGGGGCUAUUGAACUUAUCACACACACUUCCAGCGGACCUCACUAAGUUCCUAGUGCAGUCCUACCAGCCACAGACCUCUGAAAUGGUUUUCCCAGGAAGGGGAAGGAUCUGUGUCGAUGCUGACAGUGUUCAGAGGGUAUUUGAUCUCCCAAACAAGGGUCCAAAAGUCAGAUAUUUAGUUGACAAGGAUGCCACUAGGAGAUUCAGACAGGCUUUCAACAUAACUGGAAAUUCUCAUCCCCAGAUCACUACAUGGCUCAAGAUGAUUGAGCAUAUGGCUGGAAGAACGGAUGACACAUUUUUUAUGGCCUGGCUUGCGAUACUAUACCUUGAUGCGCUCGUACAUGACAUCCCAGUAAGCAACUGCGCGAUACGAUCGAAUGCAUGGGAUAGUACUCUAAUUGCCAAGGUGAUCAAGAAGGAUACUAUCUCUCCUGGUGUGUUCGGCAAAUUACAACUUAAAGAGGAGUAUAGAGGCACGGAGCAGACACCACUGUUUGGUGGAAUUUUGCAAGCUGAAGCAUUUGUGGCAUCCAAGUUACCAAUAACAUACAAUCCGCAGAAAAAGGCAAAAAUUGCGAAAGUGGUCAAUGAGCUAUGCAAGGUUGUAACUGAACAGGUUGGCACCUUCAUUAAAGAAGUUGCCAAGAUUGAUGACGAGGAACCAGAUAUUGAUCCUUACGAGAUGCCCUGGUCCUUGAACCCUUACGAAGAUCAAACUCUUAUCAUGGUGACGGGUUCUGCGAUGCACCAUCUUUUGACCUCGGCAUAG